GCUUGGGACCGUGUACCCUGUGGGAAUUGUCAGGAUAGUCACGGUAUAGUUUCUUCUCCUUUAACAGCAGCCUUAGGUUAAAAAAAAAUGAGUGUUCGUGCGAUUUGGCUGCUGGGGCUCGAAAAGGGAACAACGUCUGUGAAACUGUCAAGACGAUUUCCAACUGUUGAAAAAAGAGCCCGAAAUUUCAAUGGGAAAAACUAUACAGAGCUACCAGAAGACAAGAUCUUCCUCAAUGCACUGUUAACAGAGCUUGAUAUGACUGAACUGGAUAAGAACUUUGUGGAGCACAGAGAUAGUUGUUGCAGAAUAAAUAGGACAUCUGUUUAUGAAAUUGCAAUAGGAGACAGUGUUCUUUGGCCUGUCCUUGUAAUGACACAAAAUGCUAUCCUCUAUGCUUGUUUACCUUUAGUCGAACAGUCUUUGACUCCCCGCCCGCCAUUAAUUUCUCUACGUGGAAUAUCUCCUGCAUUUGCUCUACUAUCAGGGUUGAUGACCUUUUUAAACAUGACACAAAGAAGUGAACCAGAAAUUACUAAUAAAAUGACACAGAUCUCCGCAAUGUUAAUGCACGCUUGUCCGUUAGGGACUCCAACAGAUACUGACUUUGGAUUGAUGCAGACUCUGUCUGGCAGCUUUGUACCUCAGAAUCCAAUAUCUUCAGUGCAGGCACAAAAACAACCAGCUUGGAAGCCUGGUAUAUACAAAGGAAAGCCACAAGUUAAUGUCUGUGUCACUGAACAGAUUAGAUCUAUGCAAUAUGACAAGAAUGACGUCAUUGACGUAUGGCAGGAGUAUGGAACUGUGACAUGUAAGUGCGACCUAGAAGGAAUACUGCCCACUGUUACAGUAAGCCUGAAUCUACCAAUCAAUGGCUCUCCUCUACAGGACAUUCUUGUGCAUCCGUGUGUCAGUGCCGUUGAUUCCACUAUCCUCACAUUUAACAGUGUUGAUGAUGUGGACGAUUCAUUGUUUAAUGGACCAUAUAAAUUCCCUUUCACACCACCGUUAGAUGUAUUUAAACUCUGCUACUACACGUCCCAGGUACCCAUCCCUCCAAUUCUUGGUUCCUAUCAAAUGAAAGAAGAGGAGCAAAAUUUAAAGAUUACAGUUAAUCUGAAACUACAUGAAAGUGUCAAAAAUGGAUUUGAAUAUUGUGAAGCACAUAUUCCCUUUUUCAACAGGGGUCCAAUAGUACACGCUGAGUGUAAGGUGAACCAUGGGCAACUGGAGGUGUCACGGGAGAAAAGCUUGUUGGUCUGGGUCAUCGGUCAGAAAUUCCCUAAAUCUUUGGAAGUAUCUUUAACUGGUAUUGUAAUGUUCCCUGCAUUUGGUAUAUCAAACCAUUCAGUGCAGCUAACUGAUCCAUUCUGCACUGGCCUUACUGCAUAUGUUAAGCUUUACUUUCGAAUACCAGAUUAUACACUGACAGGUUGUUAUGUGGAUCAACAUUCUAUACAAGUGUAUUCAUCAGCAAAACCCAGAAUCAUCACAUCCAGGGAACUACUUUCUUCUGAGUACUACAUCUGGAACUCCAAAGGUGAUGCACCCGUGGCCAGCAGGCCAUUAGGAUCCUUACGAAAUUGGGAGUGAACAUUUGGGUGAAAUGUUUCAGAACAAAAAUCUGUUUUCAAAACAAGAUACAAUAGUUAAAUAUUCAGUUAUCUAUUUUAAAUUGUAUGAAACAAAAAUAUAUCCUAAUUAUAAUGGUAAAUUUUAUUCAAGUGAUGUACCAAUGAUAAGAAUUGUAAAUAUAUUAAUAAAACAUGAAAAAUUUGCCUGAGUGAGCCACAGUACUUAUUACAAAUAUGAUGAUCUGUAACAUUUUGGAGAGUUCUUUCUUGCCCUGCUAUCUUGAAUACAUCGAAUAAAGGAUACUGUGCUAAUUCAGCAGCUAAUUCAAGCAA